CUUGCUUCAACCCAUCCAGAGCCUGUACUGUGUCUUUCUAGUGUCUUUCUUGCUUCUCGAACUCUGCGCUCAUACGUCGGCGCGCGAUUUCGGGUUUCCAUCACUGAGAUCAGGCAGCAUGCUCAAGGUUAUGCCGCUAAGGAUCUCGAGGCGCUCCUAUCCCGAUGCUAUUCUCGACUUCCCGCUGGCUCGUAGAGUAACUCUCGAGGAAGCAGAGAUGCCGCUGGGGUCUACGGAACACACUGUGGUUCUAAAGGGUUUCAGACGGUCUCGUACAGUUUCCCCGCCUUGGACGCCGCAUGGUUGCUAGCACGAUCUAUAAAUAUCGCGCGGCAAGUAAUGGCCGAACCGAUCAUCAUAAGUAUGUAUCAUGUUUUGUUUUAGUGUCUCUCUAGAUCUCUGUUCUCCUCCCUUCUUCCUCCCGUCUCCCGCCCACUAAUUCCUUCCUGGCGAUGCUCUCCCCGUCCACUGUGCUGGGCGCGGCCCUUCUACUCGCCAAGGCAAACUCUGUGCUGGCUCAGGCAGAAUGUGCUCCCUACAACGACGCGACCGUCAGCGCUGCCCUGCCCAACUUCCCUCCCAUCUGGCAGCCUGUGACUGGCUUACUAGCUGGCGACGCCGAGGGAAAGGCACUGUUUUCGUCGUUCAGCUCAAAGAUCCCGAACAUCCAACCCAAGGGAACCAACGGCGUUCCCGAUCCCAACUUCGCAUACGCUUCGGGCGAUCCUGACUGCUGGUGGACAAACCAGCAGUGUGUGCAACCCAAAGCGGCUGGUGUCAAGGCUGAUGUCGCUUGGGUGCCGGAGCCUCAAACGCUCGGUUAUGGCUUCGACGAUGGUCCCAACUGUUCGCACAAUGCUUUCUACGACUAUAUGUUGUCCCACAAACAAAAAGCUACCUUCUUCUACAUCGGUUCCAAUGUCAUGGACUGGCCACAUGAAGCUCAACGUGCGAUUACUGAUGGUCACCACGUUUGCGUCCACACAUGGUCUCAUAGGUCGAUGACGGCCUUCACCAACGAGCAGGUCUUCGCGGAGUUGUGGUACACGCUUAAAGCUAUCAAGCUCGUUACCGGAUACACUCCGACCUGCUGGCGGCCCCCUCUCGGUGACACUGACGACCGUGUUCGUUUCAUUGCUCAGCAAAUGAACCUGACGAAUGUCAUGUGGCAAUAUGAUUCAUUCGAUUGGGAAGCCGGCUCGAACGGUGUGACCCCGGCUCAGGUCCAACAAAACUACAACAAUCUUGUGGCAGCUGCUAAUGCGGGCAAGUUUGCUGAUGUCGGUGCGAUCAUUCUGGCACACGAGUUGGACAACUACACCAUGCAAACGGCCGUUGACAACUACCCCAACCUGACCAAGGCAUUCAAGCACAUUGUCCCAAUUGCCGUCGCGUUGAACCAAACUCAACCAUACGCCGAAGCAAACUUCUCGAUGCCCAACUUCAAUCAAUACAUCGGUGUCGCCGACACUUCGUCUGCUUCACCGUCUGUUAGCGCCUCCGGCAGCGCUUCCGCCUCGGCUCCGUCUGGAAGCAGCAAGAGUUCCGCUGGGUCCGUCAGCUCUUCGAACUCGAACUCGACAGCUUCCGGCAAGAGCGGAGCUGUCUCCACACAACUCACGCACAUGAGCUCGAUUGUUGCAUCUCUUGCACUGAUCGGUGCCGCCGCUUUCCUGCUUUGAAUGAUGAUCUGAUUGCUUCACGACCUGGACAUCAUGCUGCUGAUACGUACAUACUUAAUCACCCGACCGUGACCAACCCGUCCUAUCCCUCAGGCUGUCGCUCGCUUUCAGGCUUAUUUAUUGACUCUAGAACAUACUUGUGUCAAGAGCCGUCUGUAUAUAGAAUAAAAGCCUCGCAUUCGUUUAUCACGUGUGUUAAGAAUCCGUCUCCCCUGUUACCGCGGUGAAGCACUUGAGACGUGGCCUCGUACCUCGAACGCAAUGAUCUCGCUCCGCUUCCUGGGGCUCCUCGCCAUCGUCGCAGCUCUAUACGUCGCUCUACGCUUUGAGCUUCAUAAUACCCCGACUUUGCGCGAAAGCUUUCAAGCGCCGAUUUCCGCGUUCCAGGCGUUUUACGGCUCGUUAGCGCGACCCGAGCCUGCAGCGUCGGGAAUCCCCACAGGAACUGCAACUGCACCUCAUUCCCAAGACCCGCUAUCCUCCACCACAGGCUCCACGCGCUCGGCAUACACGCGCCACAUCGUUGCUGUCGGUGACUUGCACGGAGACCUCAAGAACGCGCAGAAAGUGUUACAGUUUUCGGGUGUGGUCGAUGAUCUCGGCGACUGGACUGGCCACGCCGACUUCUUCGUACAGACUGGGGACAUCAUCGACCGGGGAGACGAUACUAUCAAGCUGUAUAAUUGGAUGGAGAAGCUACGCGUGCAGGCCGCUGCUGUGGGUGGGACGGUCAUGUCUCAUCUGGGUAACCAUGAAGUUAUGAACGCCAUAGGCGACUGGAGAUAUGUCUAUCCCUCCGAAAUCGCGACCUUCGGAACCGUAGCGGCGCGUCAAAAGAUGAUUUCCUCGGGCCCGAUAGGACGCGCUUGGGCGCAGAACUACACCUGCACCUCCCGCCUACCUCUCCAUCCACACCUAGGCGGACCCAACACGCCGUUCCCGCCACCAGACCACCCCGUCUACUUCCGCAAGGACGACGACGGGUCCGAGGACGAUCCGGCGUCGUAUUACAGUGCCAACGAGCCGCUAUCGCAUUCUGCUCUGUCGUUUGUCCAUGGAGGGUUGUCUCCAACGUACAGCAACCUCGCGCCGUUCCCGAGCAAAAUCAACGAGCUGUCGGCUACGCUUCUCAGUCGGCUGCAGAACAGGCAGCAACCGCCGCCCCAUCCUCCCAACCAGUAUCCUGGGAUGCCCCACGGGACAAGUAAGGAGGAGGUCGAGCUGUAUGAUUCGAACGGCCCAUUCUGGUACCGUGGAUGGGCAACAGACACCGAGGAAAAUGUGUGUGUCGACGUCGAGAAGGUCCUGGCCAAAACAGGAACUCGGCGGAUGAUCAUGGGACAUACACCUGAUUUCAGCAACAUCGUGUCGCGUUGCAAUGGGAAAAUCAUCAUCAUUGAUACAGGCAUAUCGCAUGCAUAUGGUGGCGUUCUGUCUGCCCUUUCUAUCCACUACACCUUUACCCCCGUGGGAGAUGACGCAGCCGGACAAUGGAAGGAACGAGAAGUUGUCAGUGCGCUGUAUCCAGACAGGCAAGAGAUUAUCAUCGAUCUGGAACGCGAUGUGGUCGGAGAGUUCUCCUAG